AUGGCUGGAAAGAAAGCAAGCGACCAGUUAGCAACACAAAUUGCGUACCUGGAUGAGUUGUGGCGUGAUUUCCUCUCCACACAGGAGGAAAUUGAAGUUUUAGAGGACAGUGAGGAACAUUUUUCGGAACAAAGGCGAGAGUUCCAAUUGUUAUACCUCGAACUAAAGGGAUCUCUACAAAGUAAAUUACCCACUGUUCCUCCCCCACCACCCCGCGCACCAUCGUCAGUUUGCGCUCAGCCGGCUCAGCCGAUAACAAACGUACGGCUGCCGGAAAUCAAGAUUCCAGUAUUUUGUGGCAAGAUUGACGAUUGGGUUUCAUUUCGCGAUCUUUUUGUUUCGCUGAUUCAUUCUAAUCAGCAAUUGACAGCAGUACAGAAGAUGCAUUAUUUGCGAGCAUCGUUGACAGACGAGGCCGCUCGUGUGAUUUCCGCACUUGAUAUUUCUGCCGACGAUUAUCAAGUUGCGUGGAAUCUGUUGAAAGAUCGUUACGAGAAUCCAAAUAUGCUCAUUAAGCGACACAUGUCAGCUCUAUUGGCGAUCAACCCAUUGAAAAGGGAAUCCGCUUUGGGACUGUCAGAGUUGGCCGAUAGUUUCGAUCGUCAUGUUCAGUUACUCAAUAAACUCGAGACAGCUGAAGAGCACUGGAACUCGUUUCUCGUUGAGCGUUUGAGCAGUUGCCUAGAUCCUGGCACACUGCGAGAGUGGGAAACCCAUGUGGAUGAUGGCGAGCGACCCACUUACAAAGAACUCCUUGAUUUUGUUCACAAAAGAUCGCGAAUUAUAAAAACACUGAUGCUCUCCCACCCAACCAACACCCAGUCUGAACCCAAAUCGUCAAAAUCUCGCUUUACAGCCCAUGUUGCUGCAGAUAACACGAAGAAGUGCACCUACUGCAAACAAGCGCAUCUCUUGUUUCAGUGCAGUGGUUUCCAAGGCCUGAUUCCGCAACAACGCUUCGAGUUCGUCAAGAAGCAUGGGCUUUGCAUAAACUGCUUGAAGGGUACACACAUGGCGAAGGAUUGUUCCAGCAGUUCCUGUAAACAGUGCUUCAAGAAGCACCACUCCCUGCUGCAUCUCCCACCGUUUAUGUCUUCUACGGUUCCUGGGACUUCUGCAGCAGCACCAAACCAAUCAACACCAGUUGUAAUUGGUCAAUCGGCUGAAGCAAUCGGUUCGCCAUCGUACCAAGUCUCGCCACGCGAUUUGAACGCCGCAGUACGCCAACCGUCAGUUAUGUCUAGUGCGAGUUCGUCGUUUCGGUCGCUUCCACAAUCGUACUCGGUCGGUAUUGCCCCCACCACUCCGUCGUCGGUUGAUUAUUUCGUCGAAACUCAUUCGCCUUCCUCCAAUUCCUGUCAAAGUGCUAAAGUAACUGGCCAUUCGCUCCAGCAAACGGUCGUGCUAUCAACGGCAGUGAUAAAGAAACUCCGAUUGAAGCGAGUCAAACUGAAUUCACCGGUUAGUGGAAUUGGUCAGUCCACCGUAAACGUUCAUUUCGGUGUUACCAUUUCGCUUGCAUCACGCUUCGGAGAUCAUCGUUUCGUUCUGGAUUGUCUGGUACUGCCGAAGCUAACGGUGUCACUGCCUAGUCACCAUAUCGACGUCACACGUUGGCAUAUUCCACGCCAUCUCCCGAUGGCCGAUCCUCAGUUCAAUAUAAGCCAAAGGAUCGACCUCAUCAUCGGUGCGGAACUGUUCUUCUUUUUGCUGGAACAACAGCAAAUUAUGCUCGCUGCAGGAUACCCGCUCCUACAAAAAACUGUACUAGGCUACAUCGUCUGUGGGAAGGUCGCGGAUCCAACAAAGGAUCCACCAGCAGUCCAGACUAGUCACGUUUGCACAGACGACCACCUCGACAAACAACUCGAACGUUUUUGGGAAAUCGACAACUUCGACGUCGGGAAAGCCUACACUUCCGACGAGAAACACUGUGAAGAUCACUUCCAACAAACCGUUGGACGAGACUCAGACGGGAGAUACGUCGUUCGUCUUCCGCUGCGAGAGGAAAUGCUGCCGAUGUUAGGCGAUUCCUACCAACUCGCACUCCGUCGUCUCCAGUCUAUGGAGAAAAAGUUCGCUCUUGAUGAAUGUCUUCGUGUCGCAUAUCACGAGUUUUUGCAGGAGUACGAAAGUCUGGGUCACAUGGAGGAGGUGAAUUCGCGCGCGUCGUGUAGUCCACAGUUUUUCCUACCCCACCAUGCCAUCCACCGUCCUGAGAGUUCCACUACGAAGACACGAAUCGUAUUCGAUGGAUCCUGUCGUAGCUCCACCAGUUUGUCGUUAAACGAGAUUCUUUUUGUCGGACCAACAGUACAGCCAGCUCUGUACUCUACCGUCAUCAACAUUCGCUGA